AUGACCCCCGUGGUACUUGACACUUUGGAGGAUGACCCCAUGGAGGAUGACCCCGUGGAGUAUGACCCCGUGGAGGAUGACCCCGUGGAGUAUGACCCCAUGGAGGAUGACCCCGUGGAGGAUGACCCCGUGGAAUAUGACCCCGUGGAGUAUGACCCCGUGGAGGAUGACCCCGUGGAGGAUGACCCCGUGGAGUAUGACCCCGUGGAGGAUGACCCCGUGGAGGAUGACCCCGUGGAGUAUGACCCCGUGGAGUAUGACCCCGUAAAGGAUGACCCCGUGGAGGAUGACCCCGUGGAGGAUGACCCCGUGGAGGAUGACCCCGUGGAGUAUGACCCCGUGGAGGAUGACCCCGUGGAGGAUGACCCCGUGGAGGAUGACCCCGAUGACCCCGUGGAGUAUGACCCCGUGGAGGAUGACCCCGUGGAGGAUGACCCCGUGGAGGAUGACCCCGUGGAGUAUGACCCCGUGGAGGAUGACCCCGUGGAGUAUGACCCCGUGGAGUAUGACCCCGUGGAGGAUGACCCCGUGGAGGAAGACCCCGUGGAGGAUGACCCCGUGGAGGAUGACCCCGUGGAGGAUGACCCCGUGGAGGAUGACCCCGUGGAGUAUGACCCCGUGGAGUAUGACCCCGUGGAGGAUGACCCCGUGGAGGAGGAGGAGACCCCGUGGAGGAUGACCCCGUGGAGGAUGACCCCGUGGAGGAUGACCCCGUGGAGGAUGACCCCGUGGAGGAUGACCCCGUGGAGGAUGCCCCCGUGUGUGAGAGGACGGCGGAGCGCGGGCGUGGAGGGCCAGGUGGUGCACUUCCACGUGGCGGUGCCGGUGCGACGCGUCUACCACCACGAUCACGACGUCAAGCAGGCCACGUGUCGCUUGUGGAAGACCGGCGGGCCGGUGCCACACGACCCGGCCCACGACACCGUUACCGUCACCCUCUACCAGAUGAACAACCUCAAUCGCAAGCGCCGUCGCCGCAAGCAGGAGCCCGUCUUGAUCCAGUCUCUCAACGUGUCCGUGGCCGGGGAUGAGUGGUUGUCCGUGGACGUGACGGACACUGUGCGGGAUUGGCUGGGUACGCCGCGGGACGACGCUGGCGUUUUGGUGCAGUGCCCUGACUGCGGUGCCGCUGGCGUCACCAUCCACACAGGUGCCAACUCCUCCAACACCACCUAUGUGCCCACGCUGGACGUGCAGACUCAGGUGCCGGCGGGGCGGAGAAUGAAGAGGUCUCCUCAAAUGAAACGGGCCACCGAUGCCACAUGGCGGAGACGCGGCGAUUGUCGCGACAUGAAUUCCAGCGGCCGCCCUCGCCGCUCGCGCUGUUGUCGGCGCUCCAUGAAGGUGCGCUUCAAAGACCUCCCCGACUUCGAUUUUGUAGAAUCUCCCGCCAAUUUCGACGCUUUCUACUGCAGCGGGAGGUGCCCGCCCCGCUUCAACCCGGCCAACGAGCACGCGUUGCUACAGUCUCUCAUAAAACUGAAACACAAGAAAAAUAUCCCGCGGCCCUGCUGCGCCCCUACGGCCCUGAAAGGGCUGCACAUCCUGCACUUCAACGACCAGGGCAAGCUGACCACGACCUACUGGGAUGACAUGAUUGUCACAGAGUGCGGCUGUGCCUGAGUCAGCCUGCCGCACAACCUCUUAGUCCAGCAGCAGCAGAGGCCGGGCUGAGUCCCGAGUCAGAGGGUACCCACCGCAGCCGCAGGGUAGUCCUCACUAGUCACUCCCACUACGCUUCCUGAACCGGCAGGGGCGGCGUCGCCACAGGGUGAGCCCCGUGCGUCGCCAUAGGGUUAGCCCCGUGCGUCGCCAUAGGGUUAGUCCCAUGUGUCGCCACAGGGUGAGUCCCGUACUCUCUUCCACGCUGCCGGCGGCGUCAAGGUGCCCCUGGCUGCCUCGCCGUGUGACCCACAGUGUGCUCCAUGUUCCGGUGUUCAGGUGUACACUCCGGUGUUCCGUGUUUUGUGUACGUGACUUUGUUCCUCCAUGCAUCAUGGUGUUCCUUAGUUGACUGGCAACUCGCAGAAGGACUUAACAUUCCGCUACAUUAGGCGGUAGUGUGUUGAUGUGCACACACAGAGUACUGCCCCCACCCUCCUAAUGCAAACCAGCGCCUCCAAUCCCCACCCCAACCCACCCAACCUUCCUUCCCCUCCAAUCAAAUACCCUCACGCAGAAACCCCUGAAACCAAGCGCCUGCCUUGUCAACUAUCCUCACCCACAGACAUCUACCCAGCAAUAACUCCUAACCUGUUAACCCUUAGACUGCGCCACACGUCAGUUGACAUAUAAGGGCACACAGAAUCAUACUGUGACUUUUGUCAGUUGAUGUUUAGCAACACAGCAACCCUCAAGAACAGUGAGUUCUGCUUAUAAAUUCAACAAAAUGUUAACAAUAACUGACCUCUCGGCUAAUGUUAUCAAAUUCGAAGGUAGGUGUUAUUAAACAUAAAAAGGUUCUUAACUAUAGACACAUUUGGGGGUUGUGUGCAUCAUUCCGCAUGAGAAUAAUUGCAUUUUCAUCCAAAAACUAUAAGAAAGUAGAGAAAGCGGUGACUUUUUUAUCCAAAUUUCAGGAUCUGCGUUAAUAUCACCAGGGUUUAAUUAAUAUGAAAUUAUUUAUAUGGAGCAUUAUUAUUUUUAUAAACUGUUUUCGUUUUCUCCGCAUUUCUCAUUCACAAAGAAAAACUAAUACAUUGAUUUGUUUUCGAGUAUUUUAAGAUUUGCGCAUAUGGGUAAGUUUAUCUGAAAACAAAAAUAUGCAGCUAAGGGUACAUUCCUUUGCUCAACCAAGCAUCCAGCUUCCUAGCUUCCCCCGUCAACUCUUCAAUCGCGUUUCUUGCCCUUUGAAUUCCCUUGCCCCAUCAUUCUUACAACCCCCCCAUUCUUGCAGCCCCCCUCCCCCCCCUCUCUCUCUCUCUCUCUCUCUCUCUCUCUCUCUCUCUCUCUCUCUCUCUCUCUCUCUCUCUCUCUCUCUCUCUCUCUCUCUCUCUCUUUCCAUACUGUCCUCCGUCAGCCCCCGACCCCACCCUUCCUUCCUAAAUAACAAUGUGUUUCCUGCCCCCCUCUUGUAGACGGUCGAUCGACGGUCUCGCUUCCUGCAGGUCGGCGUUCAAUCCCCCGACCGUCCAAGUGGUUUGGCAUUAUUCCUUCCCCCCCCCCCCCCACCGUCCCAUCCCAAAUCCUUAUCCUGAUCCCUUCCCAGUGCUAUAGUCGUGAUGGCUUGGCACUUUCUCCUGAUAGUUCCCUUCAACAGUAAUUUCCCGUUUUAAACUCUCCCGAUACCCAGGUGCUCUCAGUCGCCUUAGUACCAUCCUUCAUACUGAUACCACUCUUCACCCUGAUGCCAUCCAUCAUACUGAUACCAUCCUUCACCCUGAUACCAUCCUUCACCCUGAUAGCACCCUUCGCUCCUGAUAUUCUUGGUUUUCAAUUAAAAUUUCCCUCUUAAUAUUUUCCUAUUUGGCCUCUCUCUUCUCUCCUGCUUCGUUCUCUCGCUCCUGCUUCUCUCCCUCCCUCUUGCUUCCCUCCCUCCCCCUCUUCCCAGUUCCUUCGUGCUCUGCCUCCAUUGCAUGCCUUACCCAGUACCCUCCCUCCGACCAUUACCCCCUCCCACCUCUCAACCAUCCCACAACUUCCCUCGACCCAUUGCAGCACAAAUACCCUCCCCUUCCAUCACACCCCCACCCCCUUCCAUCACAC